AGGUAGUUUAUAAAAUCUACCGGCGGCAAAAUUAAGUUUGUAGAACUGUACAUUCAAAAAUCAAGAUCAAACAAACGAUUUUUUUUUCAUUCGAAAAGGUGUGGUGUUGAAGUGAGCGUGUGUUGUUUACGAUGGCGUUUAUAAUUUUCGAAUAUUUAACACUACUUUUGUUUAUAUCAACUCUUGCCAACGGUCAGCGUACCCCCACAAUCUCGCAUAUAACUCAAGAGCAGAUAAGGGAUAUUGGGGGUCAAGUUGACCUGGACUGCUCCGUCCACUACGCACAAGACUAUCCUGUAUUAUGGGUAAAAUAUGAUCGCCUCAAGACAACAGAGUCACUUCCGUUGUCCACAAAUUCUGGUCUGAUUGUCAGAGAUUCCAGAUUUUCACUCAGAUAUGAUGACGCUUCAGCCACAUAUACCUUGUCGAUCAAAGAUAUUCAAGAGACUGACGCUGGAUGGUAUCAGUGCCAGGUGCUGAUAUCCAUCAGUAACAGGAUUACAGCUGAAGUGGAGCUGCAAGUGCGCAGACCGCCCAUCAUCUCUGACAACUCCACCAGGUCCAUCAUAGCCAGCGAGGGAGAGAGUGCCGUGAUGGAGUGCUACGCUGGCGGUUUCCCGCCUCCGAAGAUUUCGUGGCGUCGCGAGAACAACGCCAUCCUGCCCACCGGAGGCUCCAUCUAUCGUGGCAACAUCCUGCGAAUCACCUCGAUCCAUAAGGAAGACCGUGGCACGUACUACUGCGUGGCUGAGAACGGCGUGGGCAAGGGCGACAGGCGGAACAUCAACUUGGAGGUCGAGUUCGCGCCCGUCGUCACUGUGCCGAGACCCAGGCUGGGACAGGCCCUUCAAUAUGACAUGGACUUGGAAUGUCACGUAGAAGCCUACCCUCCACCGGCUAUCACUUGGCUAAAGAACGAGGUGCAGCUGGCCAACAACCAACAUUAUAGGAUUUCCCACUUCGCGACGGCGGACGAGUUUACCGAUACGACUCUGCGCGUGAUCACGAUCGAGAAGCGUCAGUACGGCCUCUUUACUUGCAAGGCGCAGAACAAACUCGGUUCUGACGAAGGCACGGUCGAACUGUUUGAAACUAUAAUACCGGUGUGCCCGCCCGCGUGUGGACAGGCGCGCUACGGUGGCGCCGCUAGUGUGGGCGCGUCGGAGUUUGUCGUGGCCUGCCUCACACUCUACGUGCUUUGGCUGAGAGUCGCUUAUACCAGAUAUUAACUACUCCGGCCUACGGUUGGACCCGCAGAUAUACGGAAACUCGGCGUCGCGGACACAUAUCAUUCCUUUCGGUACAUUUCUUAUUACAUAUCUUCAAUAUGGUGUAUGUAGAAAAUAAUUUAUUUACGAAAAAUUUAAAACAUUCAGAUUUUUUGUAAUCUGGGAUGGUUCUAAAAAUAUGGUGUAUUAGUUUUAAAACAUCGAUCUUUAUGGCAGCUAUUUGUUAAGAAUUACGGGAAUUGUUUAAAAACACUAAAAACAGCAUUUUUCAAACAAUUUUUUAUUUUUUUUUUGUAAUAGCAACAACGGUUUUCAAAUCGAGUAAAAAAAACACUUUUUAGUACUUGAAACUAGCAAAACAUCAAUAAGUAGUCUUAAUUGUAACUACGUACAAAUGAAUCUAGUUUAGGUAUAAGUAUAUAUAAAUAAUUAAUUAAAUAUUAUGCAUUUAUGAAUCUCAGAGUCGAGAUUUUUAUAUUCUAAAAAUUUAUAGGGGACUGGUUAGUCAAUUUUGAAUCUUAAAACGGAUCAUAGACAGGCUAGUUUCACAGCAAUUUUUGAUGCAAUUUUGAUGUUGACAGCCCGUUGGAUUUUUAAAGUUUUCUCAACAAUAUUGAGACACAGUUAUCAGCGAGAUAACCAAGAGAAAAUUUUGGAAAGCCUGUUUAUGAGCCUCUUAAUUAUUUUAGUGUUUUGAAACUUAAGUAGUUAGAUUUUUAAUAUCCAAUAAGCUGACAUGAAUUUCUCUUUCUAUGUGAAUUUUAUACAUACUUUCCUAAAAGCUUCUCUAAAAAAAAUAUACAUAAAAUGACGAUCCUCCGCACCAUAAUAAACAAAAGACCAAACAUUGCGUUACCAAAGUAAAUAAUAGUUUUUCAGACUUUUGCCAUAGAAAAUAGUUAAGAUAAAAUAUAAAUCCAUAGAGAUCUUUAAGAAACUCCUUUUUAUAAUGUGUGUGUACUUUUAUAUAUUUUUGUAACGAUUGCAAUACAGUAUAGUAAUAUCAAAGUGUGAAAACAUACAGUAAGUCGACACCCUUGGCGUUUCAUAAUUGAUUGAACUAGAAAUAUUUUUUAAACAAAUUAUUUCAAGUACUUUUAAAUCGUCAAAUGCGUCUGCCACUAGACGUAUUACCUACCGAGAAAAACCAGCAAGAAACUCUGCAAUAUGCUUUUUUUAGGAGCAUUAUACAUCUAAUAGAUUUUUCAAACUUGAAUAAAGGUCUAAAAUUGACUGGAAACUCGUUAAAAUCAUUCUCACAAACGACUUUCGAAAUAAUUAGUUUUUCUGUCGACUUCUUUCGGUUGGUAUAAUCCCUCUCCCCGCCCCUUUAACCCCGCAAGGUCUUCUAUCUAGACGUCUCCGUCGACCGACUGUAUGAAACAUCUCUUUAGGCUGUGGUAGUAUUCAGAGUAGUUUUAGAGAAUAAAUAAUAUAGUGACGAAACUCAAAGUACAUGAUAUGUGCCGACAUUGAAAUAUUACAUCUACUAAAUUACUUAGAAAAAAUUGGAAUCUCUGAUAUUUUUAAUGUAUUUUAUUAGUAACCAUAAAUGACCCAGUGUUGUGCUAAUUGGCGACUUUUAAAUAUGAGUAAAUAUUAAAUCUUCUAAAUUACUUGAUAGAAAAAAUGCUAAAUUUUGAUAAUUUUAAAAUACUGUCACCUACGCCCCUUAUAAACUAGUUUUGUGUUACCAUAAAGUUACUACCUCUGUUGAAUAAAAACGAUAUUAUUUUAUUGCUGGGCUACAUUUAUCAGCAACAAUUACAGCAAGAUGCAAUUUUUAUAGCCCGCCUACGAGUUACUUAAAUCUAAUUUUCAUAAAAUGCUAAGUCUAAUUUUUCCUGUAUUUAUUAUUAUUUUAAAAAUAUUUAUUAAAAUGCCUACUGUGCAACAAAAUUCUAAAUUUUCUAAGACUGGCUUCAUUCCAUUCUUGUAGGAAAUAAUAAUUUUGUAGAGAUAAUUGUAACUUGUAUUUUAAAUUCCAUCCAUUUUCGGCAUAUUUUGUGUUUUAGUGUAAGUUUUAUAGUAAAGACUUUUGAAAUGAUCUGAAUUUACAAGUAUAUGUACUAAUAUUUUAAUAUAAUAGGUAUACCUAAGUAUUUAAGUAAUCUUCCAAAAUGUGCUCAGUGCUCCAUUCCCUUUUGAUGUUAGCCAAAGUUAUAAUUUAUAAUUUUGAAUAAUAUAAUUGCUGUUUGUAUAUUUUAAUUUAUAAUGCACUUCCUUAGCCUAACUUUAUGCGAUAUCCAAUGUUUUUGGUAGUGAUUUGUUGCAAUAAAGGUUUUUAUAAUA